UUACAGAGCGAAAAGCAUGAGUUUUCUUAGUAGUACAAGAGCACUGGGUCUGUUCAAGGGCCUGUCACUAGGUCCUGUCAUUCAGGUUCGUACUGCAACAAAGAAAGUUGCCGGUUCUAAGACGUCGAUGAAGGAUUCCGCGGGUCGUCGACUCGGCGCCAAAGCUGCUGAAAACGAACCUGUCAAGACUGGUCAGAUCUUGAUGAGACAACGUGGUACCAGAUUCUAUCCUGGUGAGAACGCAUCUAUUGGUAAGGAUCAUACUAUUUAUGCUACUGAACCAGGCUAUGUUCGUUUUUACCUUGAUCCAUUCCACCCAAAUAGAAAAUUCAUUGGUGUGGCAUUGAGUCCAGAGCUGAGAUUACCAACUCCUCAUUUCGAGCCAAGAGUGAGAAGACUAGGCUACGUGCCAAUUGAAGAUGAAGCUAAAGCUUCAUUUGAAGAACAAAACUUGAAGCGUAAGGAUCACUUGCUCAGACCAACCAUCUUGAAGGAACUACAGGAAAGAGCUGCAAAGAGACAAGCCAUUGUUGAACAGUACAAAGAACAGUUGAAGACAAUCGUUCCAGAAUUGUCUGACAACGAAUUGUCAAUCGCUGCUGAACGUCUCUCUAAUGUGAAGAAUCAUUUGAAGAAUGGUGUUACUCUACCAGAUGCUCAAGCCACAGUGACGAGCAUCCAUCUCCAAGAUUUGAAACUUCAGAAUAAGAAGGGUGCUAUCUCACCUGAGGAGUAUGAAACCUCAAAUUCGAACUAUCUUUCACUUAUAAAGAAGGUUGAUUCUUCAGUAUCGUUUGAUAACAAAUACCAAUUGACAAAAUUCCUUACCCCAGAGGCUAGACAGGGCAAACUUGAUGAGUUGGAGGCUCAAUUACAAUCUCUUACCGAAGGUAAAGGAAAGGAUUCAAAGAAGCAAUUGUCCAAGGUCCUGGAUAUGUCCACUCUGAUAACACCAGCUGAGAAAAAAUUGCUCCAUGCCAAAUACGUUAAGCCAUUGUUACCUUUGAAUCAUGGAUUGGCCAAAUCAGUUACUAAGCGUUGGAACUACGAGAAGAAGAGAGUCGAGCCAUUAGCAUGAAAUGAUACAUCUAUAUAUUGUCAACAAAUCAAAAAUCAUGUACAUAUCUUAGAUC